AGGAAGAGAGAGGGAGAGAAACAGAAAGACUGAGGCGGAGAGAGACAGAGUGAGGAAGAGACAUAGCUAAACAGAGAGGGAGAAAGGACACGAGUGAAAGUGACCAGCAUCACCCCCACCCCCGCAGUGAAAGUGACCAGAAUCACCGUCCCCGCCCCCACCGCAGUGAAAGUGACCAGCGGAGGCGGAUGUCCAGGGACUGAGCGAAGCUCAGGAUGCGGCUGCUGUCUAUAUGCUGGAAUGCGGGAUUACUGCUCGUGUUGUUGGGGUUUGAUGGGUCCAGGACAAUCAGUCCUAAGGAUGGUUGGCAAGUGUACAGCUCUGCCCAGGAUCCCGAUGGGCGAUGCAUUUGUACUGUCGUGGCUCCAGAACAGAACCUGUGUUCAAGGGAUGCUCGAAGCCGGCAACUCCGUCAGCUACUGGAGAAGGUGCAGAACAUGUCUCAAUCUAUUGAGGUCUUGAAUCUGAGGACACAGAGGGACUUUCAGUAUGUGUUAAAAAUGGAAACACAAAUGAAAGGAUUAAAGGGAAAAUUUCGACAAAUUGAAGAUGACCGGAAGACACUUCUAACGAAGCAUUUCCAGGAGCUGAAGGAAAAGAUGGAGGAGUUACUCCCACUGAUCCCUGUCCUGGAGCAAUACAAAACUGACAGCAAACUGAUCAUUCAGUUCAAAGAUGAGGUGAGGAAUCUGUCUGCAGUGCUGACUGGGAUCCAGGAGGAAACUGGAGCUUAUGACUAUGAAGAGCUUCAGCAGAGAGUCCUCAACCUGGAGAGCAGACUUCAUGACUGCAUGAAGAAACUCUCAUGUGGCAAGUUGAUGAAAAUCAGCCUCCCCAUCACAGUGAAAACCUCUGGAACCAGGUUUGGAGCAUGGAUGAUGGAUCCCCUUGCAACAGAGAAAGACAACAAGGUAUGGUACAUGGACGGUUACACAAGUAGUAAAGUGGUUCGUGAGUACAAAUCUGUGGCAGCCUUUGUGAGCGGAGAGGACUACAGGCUGUACCGCCUGCCAUACCCCUGGGCAGGAACCAAUCACUUGGUCUAUAAUGGCUCCCUCUACUUUAACAAGUACCAGAGCAAUACACUGGUCAAGUACAACUUUGAGACAGGGUCAGUGCUGGCCCAACGCAGCCUGGAGUAUGCUGGCUUCAAUAAUAUCUACCCCUAUACCUGGGGUGGUUUCUCCGACAUUGACCUCAUGGCUGAUGAGGGCGGAAUCUGGGCUGUCUAUGCCACAAAUCAGAAUGCAGGAAAUAUUGUCAUCAGCCAGCUGGAUGAGCAGACACUGGAGGUUCAGAAAAGCUGGAACACAGGCUAUCCCAAGAGGAGCGCUGGUGAGGCAUUCAUGAUUUGUGGCACUCUGUAUGUCACUAACUCCCACCUGACCGGGGCCAAGGUCUACUUUGCCUACUCCACCAAGAGCUCGAGCUAUGAGUACACGGACAUCCCAUUCCAUAACCAGUACUUUCACAUCUCCAUGCUGGAUUACAAUGCCAGAGACCGGAUGCUGUAUGCCUGGAACAAUGGCCAUCAAGUGUUAUUCAAUGUUACCUUGUUCCACGUCAUUCAGACCCAGGAGGACCCAGAAUCUCCAGGACGUCAAUAGUUAUGGACAAGCUUUCAUCCCAUCUAUCCAGUGACAAAUGUCCCCUUGAAGUGACAAGAUUCUCUAACCUUUCUUUCCCGACAUGAGUGUCUAGUGAAAGUAAUGCAGGUCUUACACAGCUCCAGGAUUCUGGACUGAAUCCAUAUGUAAACACUGUGUGAUCAAUUCCUGUUGAAACAUGAGCUGAAGUCUGUCCAUUUGCCUGAUUUGUCAAAAUCAGAGGCUUUGGGCAGCUGAGCUGCAUGAGUCUGUAAUCCUUUGUUCUUUCAUUUUUUAAACAAUCAAGUGUUUUGUUUAUAUAAACUAACUUUUGUAUAACUUUAUAACCACAGUAACAACAGUCUUGUGGGGACUGGAAAUCUGACUUAAAUUGCUAUUAGUAUUAGGCAAUCCUUUGCUUGUACAGCGGUUUAGGACUGGACCAAGGCAACCUGUAAAUUUCUGGUCUAAUUCUAUCAAUGUCUUGACAAUUAAGAUAGAAUAGGUUUCAAUCGUUCACAGUAUUUGAUGAAUGUAAUUCCAGCCGCUGCAUCAUGUAAUUGCAUUGUUUUAUUGCAUUGUUCUCUCAGAACUAAUUCAUUUAUUUUAUAAAAUGUAUCAGCAAUCAACAUUUUUCUUAAAUGGCAAGAUUAAAAAAAGUUAUCAAA